AUGCAUCUUCCCUGGGGAUGUGCUCCACAUUAUCGCCUCUCUGCAGGUUUUCUAUUAACGUUUAUCUUCCUUCAAGCUGUGUCCUUCACGAUCAUCUUCUUGUGGAUUGCUGUUUUCGUGUUUCUCUUCCUGCAAGUUGCGCGCCACGCGUUCUUCUCCCUGCAAGCCAAUACGGCUAUCAUACCCUAGGUCCAUCCUCCGUGUUUUGAUAACUUCCUACUGGGUCUUGCUUUUAUCUUUGAAUGGAGCGUUGACAAACUUGAGGUUGGCAUCAAUUUCCCUCUUACCCCUGUGUUCCUUAAUGGCAGCUUCCGCAUCAGCACUAAAAAAGUCAUAAUUUGACUUGGUGGUAGAAGCCGGCGGUAUAUCGCCCCAUAAUUUAGCAGGAUCGGCCUGCUUUCCUAAUCCCAGCUUGUGUUCCAUGUCGUAUUCUUUGGUUCGGGAGUGUUUGGACUGGUCUUCGUGCCAGAAAGGGCCUUGUUCCCUGUUGCAUGGUGCGAACCUGCGAGGAUCCCACAGUGAAGCCUCUUCGCCGUGGCACGGAGUGUCGUAACGGGUUCUUGUGCGCUUGAGCUUCUCAGCAAGUUCAAGUUCUUGACCAGGCUUCCUUUGCUGUCCUUGCUCACGAAUCUGGGAGGUGGCUGCAUGCGGCAUGCCUCUUGUCUCCGCCUUUGAGUCAACUUCAGUGGACGAUGUUUCAUCGCCGCCAACGGUAGUAUUAGGUAUCUUGUCAGCCUCAGACUCAUCGACGACGACAUGACUUUGUGUUUGAUCUUC